AUGGGAGAAGGAAACCAAUCGUCCGUUCUUGAAUUCAUCCUCCUGGGAGUAAGUGGUCAACAGGAACAAGAAGACAUCUUCUUCAUACUCUUCCUGUUCAUUUACCCCAUCACACUGAUUGGAAAUCUGCUCAUCAUCUUGGCCAUUUAUUCUGACAUUCGCCUUCAUAGUCCCAUGUAUUUCCUCCUUGCCAAUCUCUCCUUUGUUGACAUUUUCUUCUCCUCUGUAACCAUCCCUAAGACACUAGCCAACUAUAUCAUGGGAAGCAAAGCCAUUUCCUUUGGAGGAUGCCUGGCACAGAUGUACUUCAUGAUUUCCUUAGCUAACACAGACAGCUAUAUCCUGGCUGCAAUGGCCUAUGAUCGUGCUGUGGCCAUCAGUCGCCCACUUCACUACACAAUAAUUAUGAGUCCACGGGCUUGUGUUCUGCUAGUUGUUGGCUCUUGGGUAAUUGGAAACUCCAAUGCCCUCAUCCACACUCUACUCACGGCUAGCCUUUCUUUCUGUAGCAAGCAGGAAGUAGCCAACUUUUACUGUGACAUUGUCCCUUUGCUCCAGUUGUCCUGUUCUGACAUCCAGUUUAAUGUGAAGAUGAUGUACCUAGGGGUUGGUGUUUUCUCUGUGCCCUUGCUGUGCAUCAUCAUCUCCUACAUCCGGGUCUUUUCCACAGUCUUAAAAGUUCCAUCCACCAAGGGCGUGCGCAAAGCCUUCUCCACCUGUGGGUCCCACCUCACGGUUGUGUCUCUGUACUAUGGGACCGUCAUGGGCAUGUAUUUCCGCCCUCUGACUAGCUAUAGUUUAAAGGAUGCUGUGAUAACUGUGAUGUACAUGAUAGUGACCCCAAUGUUAAAUCCUUUCAUCUACAGUCUAAGAAACCGGGACAUGAAAGCUGCCCUGGGGAAACUCUUCAGCAAGAGAACGACCUUAUAA